UGAUCCGAAAGAAGAUCCGAAAAAGGGAGUAAGAGAAAUGGACUCGCUGGAACGACUAAUGAGCGCUGGUUCUCACCAUCCAUCCCUUACGGCAGCCACGCGAUCUCAAAACGCCUUUGUGCAGGCGAAUCUCUGCUCCGUGAUUGGUCGUAAGGGUCGACACCUUACCGGCACCUUCUGUUUGACCGGAGACACGAUGGAGGGUAUCAUUCAGUGCCUCGUCUUUCUUAAAGCUUUUUCGCUCGUGGGCGGAGAAUUCGACAUGGAGUUGAACUUCGUGAUACAGGACGCACAGAACAUCAGGCACAUGUUGGAACUUCUGGAUCACUGCCCACCUAAUCUCCAGGCCGAAAUAUGGAGCGUAUUUAUUGCGAUUUUAAGGAAAAGCGUUCGGAAUUUACAGGCAUGUACAGAUGUAAGUCUUAUAGAACACGUGCUGCAUCGAUUAUCGCAAGCGGAGACUGUUGUUGCAGAUUUAUUGAUCGAUAUGCUUGGAGUAUUAGCGAGCUACAGUAUCACCGUAAAGGAGCUGAAACUUCUCUUCGGUGCCAUGAAAGCGGUUAAUGGGAAAUGGCCACGACAUUCGGCGAAACUCUUGAAUGUACUUCGUCAAAUGCCGCAACGAAACGGGCCCGAUGUAUUUUUCAGUUUUCCUGGUAGGAAAGGAUCGGCAAUAGUAUUACCUCCACUAGCAAGGUGGCCUCACGAGAACGGGUUCACAUUUACCACGUGGUUUCGUCUGGACCCCAUCAACUCGGUUAAUAUCGAACGAGAAAAGCCGUACCUCUACUGUUUUAAAACUAGUAAAGGAGUAGGAUACUCUGCGCAUUUCGUAGGCAAUUGCUUAGUCCUCACGUCUAUGAAAGUGAAGGGCAAGGGCUUCCAGCACUGUGUCAAAUAUGAAUUUCAACCGCGAAAGUGGUAUAUGAUCGCCGUAGUGUACAUAUAUAAUAGAUGGACCAAAAGUGAAAUUAAGUGUUUGGUCAAUGGUCAAUUGGCUUCGAGUACGGAAAUGGCAUGGUUUGUGUCGACGAACGACCCAUUCGACAAGUGUUAUAUCGGAGCUACACCAGAAUUGGAUGAGGAACGAGUAUUCUGUGGUCAAAUGAGCGCGAUAUAUCUAUUUAGUGAGGCACUGACAACUCAUCAGAUAUGCGCUAUGCACAGACUAGGACCUGGAUAUAAGAGUCAGUUUCGUUUUGACAACGAGUGUUACCUGAAUCUGCCAGACAAUCACAAAAGGGUGAGUGAUGAGCAGGAGCUCACGAGCAUGGUGGACCAAAGUAUGCAAACUGUACUUUACGACGGAAAGCUGUCAAAUGCUAUUGUGUUCAUGUACAACCCAGUGGCUACGGAUUCUCAACUUUGCCUGCAAAGUGCACCGAAAGGCAACGUUCCGUAUUUUGUACAUACACCGCAUGCUCUAAUGCUCCAGGAUGUCAAGGCUGUUAUAACACAUUCGAUACACAGUACAUUAAAUUCGAUCGGUGGUAUCCAAGUGCUAUUUCCUCUUUUUUCGCAAUUAGAUAUGCCUUAUGAUUGUAUAGCACCGAACGACAUCAAGCGAGAUCCUACAUUAUGUUCGAAAUUGUUGGGCUUUAUAUGCGAUCUUGUGGAGAGCUCUCAAACGGUUCAACAACAUAUGGUACAGAAUCGUGGAUUUUUGGUAAUUAGUUACAUGCUUCAGAGAGCUAGUAGAGAUCAUCUGACUACGGAAGUCCUAGCAUCCUUUUUGGAACUUACAAAACAUCUGGUAACCUGUCUCAGUGCGAACAGCGAUCUGUUGCUAAAGCAGUUGUUUUACUUUUCAUUCCUAACCUGGCAGCUAUUGGAUCACGUCCUUUUUAAUCCCGCUCUAUGGAUAUACACGCCAGCGCCGGUACAAACCCGGCUUUAUUCGUACUUGGCCACAGAGUUCCUCAGCGAUACGCAAAUUUAUUCUAACGUAAGACGCGUCUCUACUGUCCUUCAAACGGUGCAUACGCUCAAGUAUUACUAUUGGGUUGCUAAUCCCCGUGCCAAGAGUGGAAUAACGCCGAAAGGACUCGACGGACCACGACCUCAACAAAAAGAUAUCUUGACAAUACGUUCUUAUAUUUUACUAUUUCUUAAACAAUUGAUCAUGAUCGGCAAUGGCGUGAAGGACGACGAAUUGCAGAGUAUUUUGAAUUAUCUAACAACGAUGCACGAGGAUGAAAAUUUGCACGAUGUUUUGCAAAUGCUUAUUUCUCUUAUGUCCGAGCAUCCUUCAUCGAUGGUACCAGCAUUCGAUGCAAAACAAGGCGUUAGAACGAUCUUCAAACUUUUAGCAGCUGAAAGUCAAUUGAUUCGUCUUCAAGCAUUGAAGUUAUUAGGAUUCUUUUUAAGUCGCAGUACACACAAAAGGAAAUACGAUGUAAUGAGCCCACACAAUUUGUAUACUCUACUAGCCGAAAGAUUAUUGUUAAACGAAGAAACAUUGUCCUUACCAACUUACAACGUUUUAUAUGAGAUAAUGACGGAACACAUAAGUCAACAAAUACUUUAUGCCAGGCAUCCCGAACCAGAGUCACAUUUUCGUUUAGAAAAUCCUAUGAUUCUUAAAGUAGUGGCAACACUGAUACGACAAUCAAAGCAAACGGAACAAUUGUUAGAAGUGAAAAAAUUGUUUCUUUCCGAUAUGACAUUACUUUGCAAUAACAAUCGAGAAAAUCGUCGAACCGUAUUGCAAAUGUCCGUCUGGCAGGAGUGGCUCAUAGCUAUGGCUUAUAUCCAUCCAAAGAACACAGAGGAACAAAAGAUUUCCGAUAUGGUUUAUUCUCUCUUUCGAAUGCUCCUUCAUCACGCUAUCAAACAUGAAUAUGGUGGUUGGCGUGUAUGGGUUGAUACUUUGGCGAUAGUACAUUCAAAGGUAUCCUACGAGGAAUUUAAACUUCAGUUCGCUCAAAUGUACGAGCAUUAUGAGAGACAAAGAUCCGAUAAUAUAACGGAUCCUGAAUUGAGACAACAAAGACCCAUUAGUACAAUUUCCGGUUGGGAUCAGCAACAUUCAGGGAAUAAUGGUUACAAUCGACCAUCGCCUUGGACUAAUCAACAACAGAAUCAUGAAGUUCAGCAUGUUGAAAGGAAUUACAAAGAAUUUGAUGGAACAGAAGGAAACGAUCGUCUUGAGGAAACGUGCAGUUGUGAUCUGAACUCUAUAGACAACACCGAAAGCGAUGGUAGUCCGGCGAUCGUCAACAAAUCCCAUAGCGAGACCUUAGAUACCAUGCAGUCCAGCGAAGCAGUCUCUUUAGAUUCAAGAUUGAGCGACAAACCGGAGACACCAACGACGGCCCGAGAGAUUCACACAGAUACACCGACAAUUUUGGAAGAGGCGAAUAGCGAAGUAGCUUCUUUGCCAACGACCCAAGAGACCAGCGAAGUGAUAUCGAUCGAAAGCUCCAGCGAUAUAUACAGUGAAGUACAGAAGAGUCCAAGUCCAGAUUCUAUGGUGGUUCAAAGUACGGUACAAAAAGAAGACGACAUCGUACAGCAAGAAUUGGAAACUUCUACGAAAGAUCAAAUAGAAGAUAAAGAAAAUAAAACGAAUGUCGAUGUUGUUAUCGAGAAAGAAGUCGAAAAGGAAAUGGCAAAGAAUGAUGAUUUAAAUAAUGAUAAAGUUGCCGAACCGAUAGAAUCUAAUGACUCCGAAACAAAGGAAGAAGAGAACGAAGAUGAUAAGUCCCAUCAGACAUUGGAUUAUAAUAACGACGCGAGUAGUACUAAGGAAGAUAGUCCUAAAAAAAUCUUAGAAAAGUCAGAAAAGAUGGAGGAAUCGAACGACGAUGAAAAGAAGUCCGAAAUCAUAAACGAUAUGACUAAGGAAGAAUCGGAAUCAGUUGACGAUUCGAAGUAUCUUGAAAAACUACAAUUGGAAAAUGAUCGAGAAAUCAUAGAUAGCGAUACUUCUGAGGCAUAUCUAACACCAACGGAACAACAGGAAACAUCCACGGAAACAAAGACGGGCGUUGCGGAUGUCGCGAAGAUCGAUGAGAAAGAUUUCGCUGAAAAAGUUGCCGUAGCUGAAGAAAGAAACGUUAGAGCCAAUGAAGAUGCCGAAGAAAUUGAGGACGUACCAAAGGGUCCAGAAGAUUUGAUCGAUACGAUAGAAACGGAUACUAACGCGAAAACUACAAGUAGCAAUGACGAUAAAAUAGAAGAAAAAAUAGAAGAAGAAGAAGAAGAAGAAGAAGAAGAAGAAGAAAAAGAAGAAGAGAUAGGAAAAGAAGCCGAAAAAGUCGUAGUGAGUAGUACGUUAGAGAGCGACGAACGUGUCGUCGCAGACGCUUUAAAGAACGACAAAAGUGCUGUUAUUAAUAGUAACGACGACGAGCAGGUAAUUGAAAAACACUCAAGGGAGCCGUCCACUAUUUCUACUAGCGUAAGUGAUAAUAAGUCAGACAUUCCGGUGAGAACCGACGAGGUAGGAGUAACGGAUAGUGUUUCUAGUAAUAGCGAUAUUCAAAGUUCUGUAGAUAAUGUGACGCAAGUGCCAAAUCCUAAACAGCAAAUCCCAACAAUAUCUACGGUCUGUGAUGCUACUAAAAGUUUACCCGACGGUGUGCCUCAAAACGUUAGUUCUAAUGUGGUUGCAAUGGACAAUCCAGUUACUACGAAUGACUUAACUCCAGAUCACGUAGAUGCCCACCGCAGAUCCAGUUUGCCGAUCGUAUCCUCCGAGAUGAUUGCUGAAAGCAACGCCGAGGAACCUCCUUCUCUGCCUGUUCCCUUACGAAAAACAUCAUCGCCCCAAAAAAGACCAAGGAGUGCCUCAACGUCCACACAAGUGGAUCCGAAUCAUUUUGAAUCGAAAAGAACGAAGCAAGGAAAUCCUUCCACCAGACCAAUGUUCAGUCCGGGACCGACCCGGCCACCAUUCAGAAUACCAGAAUUUAAAUGGUCAUACAUUCAUCAGCGAUUAUUAUCGGAUGUUCUAUUCUCUCUCGAAACAGAUAUUCAAGUUUGGAGAAGUCACUCCACUAAAUCGGUAUUGGACUUUGUGAAUAGUAGCGAAAAUGCAAUUUUCGUAGUCAAUACCGUUCACCUGAUUUCACAAUUGGCCGACAAUCUUAUCAUAGCAUGCGGUGGACUGUUGCCGCUUUUAGCUUCGGCUACAUCGCCUAACAGCGAGUUAGACGUGAUCGAACCGACUCAGGGGAUGCCUAUAGAAGUAGCAGUUUCGUUUCUUCAAAGGUUAGUCAACAUGGCUGACGUCCUGAUCUUCGCAAGCUCCUUGAACUUCGGUGAACUCGAAGCUGAGAAGAACAUGUCCAGCGGUGGAAUUCUGAGACAAUGUUUGCGACUGGUCUGUACAUGUGCCGUUAGAAACUGCUUAGAGUGUAAAGAGCGUGGCAGAUCGUACAGCAUGUUAGGUCGACAGAUUGGUACUAGUAAUAAAUCACAGCACAUACAGUCUCUAAUACGAGGAGCUCAGACAUCGCCGAAGAACAUAGUGGAUAAUCUGGCUCAUCAAUUAAGUCCUGUGAAGGAUCCGGAAAAAUUACUUCAAGACAUGGAUGUGAAUCGCUUGAGAGCCGUGAUAUACAGAGAUGUUGAAGAAACCAAGCAGGCACAGUUUCUGUCCCUGGCUAUAGUUUACUUCAUCUCUGUACUAAUGGUCUCGAAGUAUCGCGAUAUAUUGGAACCACCGAUAUCUCAACGUCCACCAAGUCCUGUUCAAACAAUACAAACUAAUGGCGCCGGUUUAAGACCGGGUAGUCCCUCAGGAAGCGCAGGCAUGAUAAGUCAGUCCGGUUCUCAAGACGACGGUGAAUACGAAGUUAUUAUAGUAGACGAAAAUAAUUCCUCCAUCUUGGCCGACCACGACGUUACGUCGUCCGGUCCACCAUCGACCAAGGGAGGUCACAGUGGUGUACCUCGACCACGGACAAUUCUCGAGGAUUACACCUCGUCAGAACCAACGCUUGGCUCUUCUACGAGGUCCGAACCACUGCCACGAAAUCUUCAGAGCAACGAUUCCAGCGAAGAGGCUGUACAUCGUAGCAAUAUUACCGCUGAUCCAAGCCCGUCGGAAGUGACGACGGAUAAUGAGAACAAGCAUAAUUCAUCGGAGGAAGCUUGGACCGACGUAAAUUUGAACGAGGAUGGCGAUACGGUGCCCAUAUCGAAUCCUCGGGAAGAUCCUCGAAAUAUUCAUAAUAUCGCUCACUCGCGUGGUGAUAUUCAAAAUAGCGAAGGUAACGUUUUGGAACAAGAGAUAGUAGGUAAUGCGGAACGCGGAGAAAAACCUGCAGCAGAAAUUUCUGUGGUUCGUGUACCGGAUAGACUCGUUGUAAAUGCGGCAUCGCCGAGACCAGAUGAUCUACCAAUCAAAGGAUUGGUCGAUCAUCUUCCUGUACCAACACCGUCAAGAGAGGCAUCGCUUACGCAAAAGUUAGAAAUGGCGCUUGGUUCUGUUUGUCCUCUUCUUCGGGAAAUCAUGGUCGACUUUGCGCCUUUUCUUUCAAAAACGCUAGUCGGAUCGCACGGACAAGAACUAUUAAUGGAAGGGAAAGGCUUGACCACGUUUAAGAACAGCAAUUCCGUGGUAGAACUGGUGAUGCUGUUGUGUUCUCAGGAAUGGCAGAAUUCUUUACAAAAAUAUGCUGGUCUUGCCUUCAUUGAGCUCAUCAACGAGGGCAGAUUAUUGUCCCAUGCGAUGAAGGAUCACAUAGUAAGAGUUGCGAACGAGGCGGAAUUUAUUUUGAAUCGUAUGAGAGCAGACGAUGUAUUAAAGCACGCCGACUUUGAGUCUCAAUGUGCUCAAACGUUGCUAGAUCGACGAGAAGAGGAAAGAAUGUGCGAUCAUUUGAUAACAGCAGCUCGAAGGCGAGAUAACGUGAUCGCCAGUAGAUUGCUUGAAAAAGUUCGUAAUAUUUUAUCGAACAAACAUGGCGCCUGGGGUUACAUGGAUCCAAUGACUGCAAAGCUGACCGAGUAUUGGAAGCUAGAUGCUUGGGAGGAUGAUGCACGUAGACGUAAGCGUUUCGUGCACAAUCCACUAGGCUCGAGCCAUCCCGAAGCUACGCUGAAGGCAGCCCUUGAACACGGUGCACCCGAGGAUGCGAUACUUCAAGCGCGCGAAGAGUUUCACGCGCAUCUCGCAGCCUCGCGUGCACAUCAGCAACAAUUGCAGUCGGCGGAUCUAAUGGACGACAGCGAGCUUCUCUCAGACGACAGAGAUCUCGAUAAUGACUUAACAGGUCCGGUAAAUAUCAGUACGAAAGGAAAGCUAAUAGCACCGGGUAUAGUUGCACCUGGGAUUAUAUCAGUGACAUCGACGGAGUUAUAUUUCGAGGUUGACGAAGAGGACGUGGAAUUUAAAAAAAUCGACAGCGAGGUAUUGAAAUACUGUGACCACCUACACGGAAAAUGGUACUUCUCCGAGGUCCGAGCUAUCUUCUCUCGUCGUUAUCUCCUACAAAACGUAGCAAUCGAGAUCUUCCUCGCGAGCAGAACAUCGAUCCUUUUCGCGUUCCCGGAUCAGGCGACGGUGAAAAAGGUGAUCAAGGCGCUACCGCGAGUCGGCGUUGGCAUCAAAUACGGGAUUCCGCAGACUAGGAGAGCAUCGAUGAUGUCGCCAAGACAGCUUAUGAGAAGUUCCAACAUGACGCAGAAAUGGCAGCGUCGAGAGAUUUCGAACUUCGAAUAUUUGAUGUUCUUAAAUACGAUUGCUGGUCGAACUUACAACGAUUUGAAUCAGUAUCCAGUCUUUCCUUGGGUCCUGACGAAUUAUGAGACCAAGGAACUUGAUUUAAGCUUACCUAGCAAUUAUCGCGAUCUGUCAAAGCCAAUCGGUGCUUUGAAUCCCAGUAGGAGGGCUUAUUUCGAAGAACGUUUCCAAAGUUGGGAACACGACAGUAUACCACCGUUCCAUUAUGGAACGCAUUAUUCUACAGCAGCGUUUGUUUUGAAUUGGAUGAUACGCGUGGAACCGAUGACCACAAUGUUCUUGGCACUCCAAGGCGGAAAGUUUGAUUAUCCGAAUAGACUUUUCUCAUCCAUUGCACUUUCCUGGAAGAACUGUCAGCGCGAUACGUCGGAUGUCAAGGAACUUAUACCAGAAUUUUUCUUCCUGCCGGAAAUGCUUGUCAACAGCAAUCGUUAUCGCCUUGGCAGACAGGAAGACGGUAGCGCGGUUGGUAACGUUGAAUUACCUCCUUGGGCAUCAUCACCUGAAGAAUUUAUAAGGAUCAAUCGAAUGGCACUCGAGUCUGAAUUCGUAUCUUGUCAAUUACAUCAAUGGAUCGAUUUGAUAUUUGGUUACAAGCAGAAAGGUCCUGAGGCGGUACGAGCCACAAACGUAUUUUAUUAUCUCACAUAUGAAGGUAGCGUGGAUCUUGAUGCGAUAACAGAUUCAGUGAUGAGAGAAGCGAUAGAGAAUCAGAUAAGAAACUUUGGACAGACUCCGUCACAGCUUUUAAUGGAACCGCAUCCACCUCGAAGCUCGGCUAUGCAUUUGGAUACUUUUUGGAGCUCUUCGACGAAGCUGCAUAAGACUCUUCCCAUUUUGCAGUCACCGAUGAUGUUCUCCAGUAUACCGGAUGACGUUUGCAUGACAAUCAAGUUCCCAUCGAAUUCACCGAUCUGUCAUAUAUCGGCCAAUACCUAUCCGCAAUUACCAUUACCAUCGGUCGUUACUGUUACAACCGGACAACAAUUUGCUGUUAAUCGAUGGAAUACAAAUUAUGCUGCAUCAGUACAAUCCCCAAGUUAUGCCGAUACACCACAAGCUCAGGCAGCGAAUCAACCUCUUUCCAUGGAUCCAGUUUUAUCACAAGCAGCAAAUAGCUCGAAUCCAGCAUUGCGUCGUCAUUUGGGUGACAAUUUCAGUCAGAAAUUAAAAAUUCGAAGUAAUUGUUUCGUUACCACAGUGGAUAGUCGAUUUUUAGUAGCUUGUGGCUUUUGGGAUAACAGUUUCCGUGUGUUCUCAACUGAGACAGCCAAAAUUGUCCAGAUCGUUUUCGGGCAUUACGGUGUGGUGACGUGUUUAUCUCGUAGCGAGUGCAAUAUUACCUCUGAUUGCUAUAUUGCUUCCGGAAGUGCCGACUGUACGGUAUUGUUAUGGCAUUGGAACGCUAGAACGCAGACUAUUGUCGGAGAAGGUGAAGCACCUGCUCCUCGUGCUACAUUGACGGGUCACGAGCAACCGGUCACGGCUGUUGUCAUUUCGGCCGAAUUGGGCUUGGUCGUUUCCGGUUCCUACUAUGGACCUGUCUUAGUACACACGACGUUCGGUGAUCUUCUAAGGUCCCUCGGAGCACCAAAUGGAUUUUCAUCUCCCGAAAAUAUCGCUAUGUCGCGGGAAGGUGUAAUCGUUGUAAAUUAUGAACGUGGACACGUCGCUGCUUUCACCAUUAAUGGAAAGCGUCUACGUCAUGAAUCGCACAACGAUAAUCUUCAGUGCUUGCUAUUGAGCAGAGAUGGCGAGUAUCUGAUGACCGGUGGUGACAAAGGGAUCGUAGAAGUUUGGCGAACGUUUAAUCUUGCUCUCCUCUACGCUUUUCCAGCUUGCGAGAGCAGUGUGCGUUCUUUGGCACUCUCUCAUGAUCAAAAGUUUCUGCUAGCUGGUCUAGCUAAUGGUUCGAUCGUAAUAUUCCACAUCGAUUUCAACAGGUGGCAUCAUGAAUUUCAGCAACGUUACUGAAACUGCUGCUUCUUCCUCCUUUAGCGAGCAAAAAAGUUCGCUCGCGUUUCCCGCGAAGAUCAACAAAGCGACCAUGGAUCUAUAUAAAAUUCGUGACAAGGAACAACAAGGACACGCUUUUUCGAAAUAUUGAUGAGUAAGGGACAAAAUGAAAGAAUAAAGAAGAUAAGUGUUCUGUGCAAUGAAAAAUUUAAGAAAAGUAGACACAAGGAGGGUGAAUCCGUAUUAAAUAAUCCACGAUUAUUCAGCGCUCAGCAAUAAGCUCGCUUUUUACAAAUUGAUAAGAAAUAAUGUAGCGCUUUUUUCAAAGUGUUUUACGAGAAAAUAUUCGAACAUUGGUAAUAGAGAGAGAGAGAGAGAGAGAGAAAGAAAGAGAGAAAGGGGAAGGGAGGAAGAGAAUAAGAAACAGUGUGUGAGAGAAAGAGAGGCAAAUGUCGAUAGAAAAGAGAAAAAUUCGCUCGAUUCUCGCACGUUAAUUUUGCACUAUUUGAUUCCGAUGAACUGUCGGAAAAGCGGAAGGAACUUUUCAAAGAUUUUCCGACAGUUCCGAUCGAUAAGGGCGGAGCUCGUUGUGAGCUCCUGAUCGAGCGACAUACGCUCAAUGCUAGUCAAUUAAUCGAGACACGGAAGUAGCCGAGUUAUUCUCACGUUUUCGAUAAACAAAGCGGAUCGGAAUUGACAAUGAAACAGAAAAAAUAAAAAGGAAUAAAAAAGAAAAUAAAAAGAUGUUUCACGAAGGCGGGAGGAAAAUCGAAAAAGAACAAAAAAGAAUAAAAGAAUAUAAGAAAUGUGCAAUGCCGACGUAACGCCGGCAUAAAUCGCGAGCCGUUCAAAAGUCGCGUAUUUUCGGUUCUCUUCGGCCGUGUACAGGAUAUAUUAGAGCGUAAGUUAAUUUUUACGGCUCGAAUCGCGCGGGUUCAUUUAUAACCCUCGCUCAUUCAAAAGCUACUAUCUCGUUUCCUUUACCCUUCGUUAGUAACUCUUUUCCUGUAAAUAAUAAAUCGCCGUGUUAUGUAAACUUAUGUAUACACAUGCACACAUUCACAAACACACAAAUACAUGCAUAUAUACAUAAUAAAAUGGUGUGCAGAUAAACUUAAAAAUAAGAGAAUUACGGAACAAAAUGAUAAUAUACGCGUAUGCGUUCGUUAGCGUUAGGGCGAUUGAUUUCAUUUAAACGAAAAUGGAAAAAAGUAAAAAAAAAAAAAGAAAAAAAAAGAAAAAAAAAGAAAAAGAAAGAAAAAGAAAAGAUGGAAAAAAGAAAAAAGAGAAAAAAUACCGCGUACCGUCUUAUAUAUGAACAAAAAAAGAAAACAUAUUACGUAGGAAGAGAGGCAUCUUAUUUCCACAAGCAAGUCUGUUAAAAGUUAUAGAAAAAGAAAGAAACAAUAACAAAAAAAGAAGAAAAAGAAAACGAAAAAGAAUAAGAAUAAGAAUAAGAAUAAGAAUUACGUCGCUCUCACGAUUUUUCUAACCUUUUCGGUUAAGAGCACGCGAGUAGCAUCACCUUAAAUUUCGAGGCACGCGAAAAGAGAAUGGUAGAGAAAGAAAAAGAGAAUAUAAGAAAUGUGAGAUAGAUGGCAUUCUCUUUGUAUACUCUGCCGUCCGCGAAGCUUUUGUAUAAUCCGUGUAUCUACGCUAAUGAGCACUUCCCUGAAUUACACCUGCUAUAUAUCUAAGAUUCCAUUUCCCCCUUAUCUGACUUACUAUAUGCACUUAAGUAAGCCUGUCCCUGUUUACUACACACUAUUUACCUCAGCCCACCCUUAUCCAAUGUUCGCGUCCUUCGAAAGAGAUCCUAAUUUUAUCAAAGCCGUCCAGCUUAACUUUUUGCGAGGAUAUUUCUUGGUAUUUUCGCACACGAGAUAUAUAAUCAGCAGAUCGAUUAAAUUACAUAGGCUAAAGAAAUGUGGUUUUAAACAUCUCGAAUUCAUUCUGACAGUGGUCCGUCGUAUCACCGAAGGAUCAACAUUUCUUCUUUCACGAUUGGACCUAGUGCGUCCUUCGUGGAAGUUGAUUUUGUGUAAUAGAUAGAAUAAGAGAGAGAGAGAGAGAGAGAGAGAGAGAGAGAGAGAGAGAGAGAGAGAGAGAGAGAGAGAGAGAGAGAGAGAGAGAGAGAGAGAGAGAGAGAGAGAGAGAGAGAGAGAGAGAGAUAUGCGUGUGUGUGAAAGAGAAAAAAGAGUUCGAAUGAUUUAAGACAGCGAAAUAUUUUGAUUAGAUACAAAAAGGAAAGGAUUGAUAUUAAUUACUCUGAGAUUCAUUUUUAUUACGAUUUUUGCGAAAUAAUUUUUAUAUUGAAAAUUAAAUAAAACAGAGAUGGAUAACGUUAGGAAUGAAGAUAAUUUUCUCGUGUUACUGCCUUUAUAAAUCGAUAUUUUUCGAAGCUAAAAAGAACGACGAACUCUCGGUAUGAAUGUAACUGAUAAUGGUAGAAGAGCACGUAUAGCUUUGAGUCGUUUGCACUUAGUCUUUGAUGCAUGCUUUCUUCAAACGUAUGACUCGUCCUCGCUUCGUUUCGCUUUGCACAACGACGCAAAAAUUAAUCGAGCUGUCUCGAUGGACAAUCGUUUUUAUCCGCGCGAGCGCAUGUUAAUCAGCGAGAUUACAAGACGUGGUUAUUGAUAUCGAUAGGGUGUGUCAUAGCUAUUCCAUUUUUUCGGAGACUUCGAGGGGGGAAGAUCUUCAUGUCGCGAAGUGGGACAAAGGAACGUGAAUGGGCGUGAAAAAUGUUUUACGAGUGAAGGAAAGAUUUCUUCAAGUAUAACAAGUGCGAAAUUCGUGUGUUACGGACUCGCGGAGGCUAUUUUUCGCGAUUCCAUGGAAGUACAAUAGAAUUUGUUAUUAUAGAGAUAGUUGGGAGAAAAAAAAAAAGAAAAAAAAGAAAAAAAGAAAAAAGGAAAAAAA